GUUUGAGCGGUACACUUUUGAAGUCAGUCUUAUUCACCUUAACUGAAAUUGAUCUGUUAAGAGUUGAUUUAAACUAAAAGUAAAAAGUAUAAAGUAAGUAGAGUUGAUUAGACUAAAAUGUGAUCUAUUUUACUAUAUUAAAUUCCAAGUAAGUAAUUCCUAGUCUACCGAUAGUAAGUCGUCUUUAUUUCGUCUUAUUUCAUUUGUGCAAUAAAUCAUUUCCCAUCAUUUCCAAUUCGCAAACAACCAGCCAUUACCGCACUAUCCCAAAAUCCAUUCUUCUCCUUUAUAAAAAUAAGAAAUUGUUAUUCAUAUAUAAGUCGUAACAUAUUUCAAGAAUCUUAUUACUACUUCCCCACAGCAGACAGUGCGAUAUCCCUUAUUGGCUUUGACCGAGUUCCAUUCUCCGUAACGUAUAUGUCAUUCCAGUUUCCAUGCAAACGAGACGGAAACCUUUUCACUUUCCAUCCUGGCGUCACUGUUCAACACCAAUCCUGUCCGCAGACAUUGAAAUUGCAACGGUGUCGGUGAUGAAUGUCCUACUGCCAAAACUUUGUCGUCAAGCUCUACUUGAUGACUGCAAUGAAACGAAAUGUGUCAAAAAAUUUCUAACGAUGUUAUCAUUGUCCGUUGGAAUUCAGAAUGCAUCAGCUGUAAUCAAUACGUAAAUGUGAAUCUAUAGCAAUUCCGAGGAAACAUCGGUCAUCUCAUUUUAUUUGCAUAAAGUCUUUAAUAUUUCCGACAGAAAAGGGACUAAUGGACACACUGUAUAUGUUUGAGAAAUCGCAAGUUUGUACGUGGGAAAGCGAAAUAUUCCAGUGCGGUUGUUGUCUGCGGCCAGUUUCUCCUUUCGCUCAUCUCCAUAUAAUAUGACGCCUCCAGCUGAAGACGAAGAGAAGGUUUUUCUUAAAGGAAGGUCUUCUCUUCCAUUCGCUUGCAUGUCAGUGGAAAAUAUAAAAGACGGUCCGUGUCGGAAACAUCUUCACACAACUCUCUCAACUGUCCUCAGAAGAGCAGCAAUACCCUCAGCCAACAACAAACAUGAAAUUCAUCUUCGCUGUCGCUUUCUUGGCUGUGGCCCUCGCCGCACCUCAAGGGGAUAAGAAGCCCAUCGAAAUUGUGUCAUCCAACAGCGAAAUGAACGCCGACGGCAGCUACUCAUUCGAUUUCGAGUCUGCCGAUGGCACCAAAGUGUCUGAGAGCGGCAACCAGAAACAAGUUGGACCCAAACCGGAGGAUAUCGGGACCGUGUCCAAGGGCUCCUACUCGUUCACGACUCCCGACGGCGUCGUCCUCACCGUCAAUUGGGUGGCCGAUGAAAACGGAUUCCAGGCCACCGGCGACCACCUCCCCACUCCUCCACCCAUGCCUGAGCACGUCGUCAAGAUGCUCGCAGACCUCAAAGCCGCCGGAGUUCUGUAAAUCAUUCGACAAAAUUUCCCCUGUCUACUAUCGGAUGUACAUAACGAGCCAAUAGUAUUUUCGUUUUAUCUUCCGUAAUCCAAAAUUCGACGACAAAAUAAAAAAUUGUUUACCCAAA